AUGACGGGAGGUCGAUUGGAAACGUCUUGCGAUGAAGGUGAGAAAAGCUCUUCCAAACGUCGGCCAUUCACAGGCUACAAAUGGUAUCCGGAAAACAUGAGAGUGCCGGGUCCUCUCGUGAGAAGUUCCUCGAGACGAUCGGCGGAGCUCAUCUGGGACUCAGAUGCAACGGAUUCUGAGGAAUACGACAGAUCAACUUCAAUUUCAACUCCCCGGAAUUGGACCAAUUCGACGCCGGGUUCAGGAAGCGCAUCGUCUAUGUGUUCUGAUGAUACCACCUUUGGUAUCGUUCGACUGUUAGAAAUCGAUUUGAAUGUUGUUGGAAAAGCUGCAAACCUUGUCUCACAGGAACACCCAUUUCAGCGACGAGUUAAGAAAUCCGAUUGCCGCCUGUUGAGACGUUCGGCUGAGGAGUUCGCGGUGAGAAAAAAAUGGCAAAAGGCAUGGGUUGAAUAUCGGCGGAGACAUCCGUAUCAUCAAGUGAGCGUUGAAGAAGAUGAUGAAGAGGACGAUGAAGAACUGUCAAACUAUCUUGCAAAGACUACGAAUGUCUGUAAAGAAAAUCUAAAAAAAGCGGUUACUUGGAUAACAAAUAGCGUGAACAAUUUUGGCUUC